AUGGGAACAGUCAUCAUUGGUGGCGGCAUCAUUGGCGUCUCCAUUGCUUUCUAUCUCUCCGAAACCCUGGAGGAUUCAACCUCUAUCCAUAUCGUGGAGUCGUCAUCAAGGCUGUUCGCCUCUGCAUCAGGUUACGCGGCCGGAUUUCUCGCAAAAGACUGGUUCUCAUUGGGGGCUGCAGAGCUUGGUGCCCUGAGCUUUGAGCUUCAUAAGAAGCUUGCCGACAACAAUAAUGGCAGUGAGAAAUGGGGCUAUGCUCCCAGUACGGCUCUCAGCCUUGCCAUCCAGGAAGGUGUUGGUGUCGGCACCGGAGCAAGGGGAGAAGAUUGGUUACUCAAUGGUACCAGCCGGGCUGAGGUAUCUGCAGGCCAUGAUGUGGUGAACGAAGAUGGUACUCCGGCAUGGCUUACAAAGCAAAAAAGUGGAAGCUUAGACGUGAUAAGCAGCGAAGAUGGGUGUGCUCAGGUGGACCCACUGCGUCUUUGUGAAUUUAUGAUGGAAGCAUGCAGAACGCGUGGUGUACAAGUGCACUAUCCCGCCAAAGUCGUUUCUCUUUGUAAGGAUGAUGAAGGUUCAUUAAUUGGUGUCAACCUGGUAUCAGAUGGAGGUAAUGUCCCGAGCGAGAUCACAUGCAAGGCCAUAGUGAUAGCAUCUGGCGCGUGGACACCAGCAGUAUUCAAAAACUUGUUUCAUAAAUCAACUGUUUCCAUUCCGGUCUCGCCCUUGGCAGGUUAUAGCUUGCUCGUCAGAUCGCCGCGACAUUCUGUGCUAGACGAGCAAAAGUAUGGCAGAAGCCAUGCGAUCUUCUCCGCUCCUACGCAGACCUACUCAUGGGCGCCGGAAAUCUUCUCGCGAACAGGAGGAGAGAUUUAUAUAGCUGGGCUGAACGAUCCAAGGUUACCACUUCCCGAGCAAGCGACUGGGGCGAUUAUGCAACAUGAAUCCAUGACUGAGGUCAAAAAGGUUGCUGUUCAACUGAUGGGUCGAGUAGCCUCCAUGAGAGAUGCGGUUGCAGAAAAUGACCUUGAAGUGAUACGAGAGGCUCUUUGUUUCCGACCAGUAACAGACCGAGGCACGCCAAUCAUCACCAGGGUUCCGGACAGCAGCUUGGGUAGGGGAACGAAAACUCCGCAUGACGGAGGUGUAUUUGUUGCGGCAGGUCAUGGUCCGUGGGGGAUAUCACUAAGUUUGGGAACUGGAAAAGUAGUGGCCGAAAUGAUACGUGGUGAGAAGACCAGCGCAGAUAUUUCUCGACUAGGCCUUUGA